CCGGCUUGGCGGUUCGACGCAGUGGCCGCCCGGGCCAGUCCGAGGGGAGACUGAGGUGGAAAUUUGAGACCGGGAGUCAUCCCUGUGGUUCCAGCCAUGGGUUCCUCCACAUCUACUCCUGCUGCUGCAGUGAACACCUCAGACGGUUCAGAUCUUCAGCCCCAUUCACCGCCUUCAGGAUGCCCGAUGCAUGAAGCCCGGAGGAGGAAAGGCUGUCCCAUGACUGCAGUAGCAUCUGAACCAACUGGUGAGAGCAGAGCACACUCUGUGCCUGCCCACCAAGAUCGGGCCUAUGAGUACGUGGAGUGCCCUGUUACUGGUGCUGCAGCUAAGAAUAAGGAGAACCUAGAUCCUUCAAACCUGAUGCCACCGCCUAAUCAGACCCCAUCCCCAGGGCAGCCAUUUACUUUGUCUACCUCAAGAGAGGAGUCAUCUAUUCCAAGAGCAGACUCCGAGAAAAAGUGGGUUUACCCUUCUGAACAGAUGUUUUGGAAUGCCAUGCUACGGAAAGGGUGGAAGUGGAAGGAUGAUGAUAUUAGUCAGAAAGAUAUGUAUAAUAUCAUUAGAAUUCACAAUCAGAAUAAUGAGCAGGCUUGGAAGGAGAUUUUGAAGUGGGAAGCUCUUCAUGCUCAUGAGUGUCCUUGUGGCCCAUCAUUGGUCCGAUUUGGAGGCAAAGCCAGAAAAUAUUCACCAAGGGCAAGAAUUCGUUCCUGGAUGGGGUAUGAGUUGCCUUUUGACAGGCAUGACUGGAUCAUCAACCGUUGUGGCACAGAAGUUAGGUAUGUCAUUGAUUACUAUGAUGGUGGUGAGGUUAACAAGGACUACCAGUUCACCAUCCUGGAUGUGCGUCCUGCCUUUGAUUCAUUCUCAGCAGUAUGGGACAGAAUGAAGGUUGCUUGGUGGCGCUGGACUUCGUAA